ACGUCAUUUGAGAGAAUGGAGCUUCGUGCAAAACACGCAUAUUGCAAUAAAACAAUGAGAAAUAGUAAUAUAAUUAAUAAAAUAAACUGUAAAUUAUAAUGAUAAUAGGUUUAUAAAUAUUUGUUUAGACUCAGUAAAAUAAAGAUAGCGAAAAUUUUUGUUUGCAAGGUUACUACACUAUGUUAACUAACAAAAAUACCAUUAAAAAAAUGUAUGAAUGAGUGAAAUAUUAUUUUGAAUCAGCGCGAUACAAAAUGCAAUACUAUUUGGCGUUAGUGUUUACUAGUCCAGCUAGUGUUAUUUUUUAAGUACGAAUUUACAGCUCUUCAUCGAAAGAUCAGUACACUUGAUGCGUAUUGUCUGUAGUUACGUAAAUCGAAUGUGUUCAUAACUUUGCACUCUUUUACUGCCUUGUGGAUGUACUGCACAGUUGAAGAAAGAUGGACGCGGUGUGCCGACAACUGGACGUGCUGGCGGUGGAAGUACUGGAGCUGAUGCAGGAGCAGCUGCGAGUGAAGGCCCAGCUGUCGGAAGCCAUGAAGGAUGGCUGCCUGAACCUGGCCAAGGCCCGCUACAUCUCGGGCAACACGAGCAUCUCCACGCUGCAGCUGCCGUGCGGGGAGCAGGACGUGAGCGCGCAGGCGAAGGUGUCGCUGCAGGACGGGCAGCUGCAGCUGGUCAGGACCGUGCCGGCCGACAUCGGGCAGCUCGACGGAGGGGCGGAGGAGGUGGAGAGGGCGGUGGAUCCACUGCAGUGGUUCGGAGUGCUGGUGCCUCGCAACCUGCGCCAAGCCCAGAGCAGCUUCCGCGGUGCCUUGGAGUGGGCCGUGGAUGCGGCCAACGUGCAGCUCCGGUUGCAUCGAUGCCAGGACCAGUAUCAGCAGCUAUUGAAGGUCAAGUUGGAACUUGCAUCAGCCCAGUAGCUGGAGCACGAGACAGUGCGUUCAGCAAUGAUUCUUAUAGUUCUUUCCCGUACUGAAACAGAACUCACAUUAGUCUGUGAAUAUUGUGUAGGCAUUCAGAAGUUCUCUGUAUGAAGUGCUUCAUUUAUUUUUUGAAUGUUAUUUAAAUCCUUUUUAUUGUUAAAA